AUGGGAAUCUUCCCUCUUCAAAAGUAACCCAUUAUCUCAUGAGCCAAAAGGCCUAAAAGCAUUACCUUAAACUUGUGUGAAUGCAUUGUUAUGUCUAAGGCUGCCUUGCACAUGAAGUUUAGAACCUUUGUUAUCUCCACUUUUCUUCAUUACAACCCACAACUCCACUACCAACCCAACAUCUCUCUGCGCCUGAUCUGUAUCGAGAUAUAUAUAUAUAUAUACAUAUUUCCAACAUCUCUGUAUUGUUCUUCUGCAUGGAGGUUUCUUUAAGUGAAAGUCAUUAUUAGUAUUAUGGCUACCAUUCGGAAGCUGAUAGUUGAGGUAGUGGAUGGUCGGAAUCUUUCGCCGAAGGAUGGGCAGGGGACGUCCAGUCCGUAUGCGAUUGUGGACUUCUGUGGGCAGCGAAAGCGGACCAAGACGGUGGUGCGGGACUUGAACCCCACCUGGAAUGAGGUCUUGGAGUUUAAUGUGGCGUCGGGGGCUUUGGAGUUGUUCGGGGACACGAUUGAGGUUGAUGUUUUGCAUGAUCGGAGCUAUGGCCAUACACGUAGAAACAACUGUUUGGGUAGGAUUAGAUUGAGUUCUAGGCAGUUUGUUAAGAAAGGUGAGGAGGCUUUGAUCUACUUCCCUUUGGAGAAGAAGAGCUUCUUUAGUUGGACUCAGGGCGAUAUCGGUUUCAAAAUUUAUUAUGUGGAUGAGGAAGUGCCUUCGCAGCCACCGGUACUGGAGGAAGUUAAGCCACCUGAGGCAGUGCCGCCGCCUGCAGCUGAUUCCGGAACCACUGACGCUUCCGCAGCUCCUCCUCCCAAGACUGAAGCAGUGCCGCCAGCUGAACCUGAACGUGCAGCAUCUGAUCCGCCAAAAUCUAGUGAAGAACAACCGCCGGCUCCACCACCUGUGGAAGCUGCACCUCCAGCCGAAGAACCUGCACCACCUUCGGAAAAUCCCACCCCUGAAGCAGAAAAACAGCCGGAAUCUGAGCCACCGCCGCCACCACAGGAAGGAACACAGGAUAAGAUGGAGGCAUGCCCACGAGACGUAGAGCAAUCAAAUGCAGAAACCGAAGCUCCAGUUCCCAAAUGGGUACCGUCGCCGCAGGUCAUGGCAUCUAUAGAAAACAGAUCGGCUGCUCCGCAAGUGAAAUUCGCCCCAUUCGAGCCAGUUCACCGGCCACUGUCUUCCGGCAACUUCAAGGCCGAUCUGCCGGGGACAGUUUCAAUCGAACGGACCUCUUUCGAUCUCGUUGAGAAAAUGCACUACAUAUUCGUCAGAGUCGUGAAAGCUCGAUCUCUACCCACUAAAGGAAAUCCGGUGGUGACGAUAGCAGUUUCCGGAAGCCACGUCAGCUCCAAACCAGCCCUGAAAAGUACAAGCUUCUUUGAGUGGGACCAGACAUUCGCUUUCGGCCGUGAGACACCAGAAUCUACUUCCCUUCUUGAAGUCUCAGUGUGGGACCCUCGACUCUCAAAUCCAUCCGACGUGGCAGGAGAUGGUUUCUUAGGCGGCAUCUGCUUUGACGUGGCGGAGAUUCCACUGCGGGAUCCACCUGACAGCCCACUAGCCCCACAGUGGUACCGAAUCGAAGGUGGUGCAGCCGAAAACGGCGUUCUGAUGCUCGCCACGUGGAUCGGCACUCAAGCUGAUGAAUCGUUUCCUGAAGCAUGGAUUACUGACGCAGCCGGUAGCGUUCACUCGAAAUCUAAAGUAUACCAAUCUCCCAAAUUGUGGUACCUUAGAAUCACAGUUAUGGAAGCUCAAGACGUUUUGCCGUUAACGUCGUUAAAAGAUUUGUCACUUCAACUAACAGUGAAGUUGGGGUUUCAAAUACAAAAAACAAAAGUCUCCGUCACUCGAAACGGAACUCCGUUAUGGAACCAGGACCUCAUGUUCGUCGCCGCCGAACCCUUCACUCACGAGCACCUCAUCUUCACCCUCGAAAGCCAGCAAACGAAAGGAAAGGUAGCCACCCUGGGCGUCGCGAGAGUGCCGUUGACGGCGAUCGAGCGGCGUGUGGACGAUCGAACACCUGUGUCGCACUGGUUCAGCUUUCAAAACCCUAACAAGGAGGAGGAAAGGAGCAGUUACAAGGGUAGAGUCCACCUACGUUUAUGCUUCGACGGUGGAUAUCACGUGAUGGACGAGGCCGCGCAUGUCUGCAGCGACUUCCGGCCGACGGCGAGACAGCUCUGGAAACCACCUAUCGGCACGGUGGAGCUGGGAAUCAUCGCAUGUAAAAACCUUCUCCCAAUGAAAACAAUCGACGGCAGAGGAUUAACGGACGCGUACGCAGUAGCCAAAUACGGUCCGAAGUGGGUCCGUACACGUACAGUAUCUGAAAGCCUGGAUCCUAAGUGGAACGAGCAGUACACGUGGAAGGUGUACGACCCCUGCACUGUCCUCAGCGUUGGGGUGUUCGACAGCUCCGCUGCAUUCCAGAUAGAAGGCUCCAAGGAAGCCACGCAUCCAGAUUUCCGAAUGGGGAAAGUACGGAUACGUAUCUCUACUCUUCAGACGGGUCGAGUGUACAAGAACCGGUAUCCGUUGCUGCUCUUGUCUCCCGCAGGAAAGAAGCAAAUGGGGGAGAUAGAGCUGGCCGUGAGAUUCGUACGUGCCGUUCACACGCUCGACAUCCUCCACGUCUACAGCCAACCUCUCUUGCCCUUAAUGCACCACAUCAAACCUCUAGGAGUGGUCCAACAGGAAAUUCUGCGGAACACUGCUGCCAAAAUAGUGGCCGAACACUUAUCGAGGUCGGAGCCACCGCUGAGGCGGGAGAUCGUGCUCUACAUGUUGGACGCCGACACUCAGGCCUUCAGCAUGCGAAAGGUGCGGGCAAACUGGAUCAGGAUCAUCAAUGUGGUGGCCGGAGUGAUCGACAUAGUCCGAUGGGUCGACGACACUAGGUCGUGGAAGAAUCCGACGGCCACAAUCCUGGUGCACGCCUUGCUGGUGCUGCUGGUGUGGUUCCCGGAUCUCAUCUUCCCCACGCUAUCCUUCUACGUCUUCGCCAUCGGCGCGUGGAACUACAGAUUCAAAUCGCGAGAGCCACUCCCCCACUUCUGCCCCAAGAUAUCAAUGGUAGAGGCGGUUGAUCGGGAGGAGUUGGAUGAGGAAUUCGAUACGGUACCAAGCAGCCGAUCACCGGAGAGGGUGCUUGCGAGAUACGAUAAGCUGAGGACACUGGGGGCGCGAGUGCAGACGGUGUUGGGGGAUGCAGCGACGCAAGGGGAGAGAGUGCAGGCGUUGGUGAUGUGGAGGGACCCACGGGCGACAGGGAUAUUCGUAGGGAUGUGUUUGGUGGUGGCGGUGGUGCUGUAUUUGGUGCCGUCGAAGAUGGUGGCUAUGGCGGGUGGGUUUUAUUACAUGAGGCAUCCCAUGUUCAGGGACAGGGCGCCGUCACCUGCUUUCAAUUUCUUCAGGAGGCUGCCUUCACUUUCUGAUAGGAUGAUGUAAUUGCUUACAAUAUUAGGUGGCAACUGACAAGGCAUGAAUAAGAGCCGUUCUUCAAAUGCAUUUCAUUUCAAACAUGCUGGAAAUUUAAUUCUGCAACGGCCAACGAGAACGUUACGAAAUUCUGGGCGUAAAUAAAAUCAGAAAUUUCUAGAUAUAUGCCCACGUGGACAAUCCUAUUGGUAUGGGAUUUUUUUGUUUUUUUUUUUGAAAUACUGGAAAAGCCAUAAAGCGGCUACUUGACGUGUGAUUCCUUUUGACUAAUACAUAAAUACGUGGAGCUUAUCGUUAUUAUUA